GUCGUUAAGACUACGUAAAAAUUUAUUCAUUGCAAUCUUUUUAUCCAAAGUAUAAUUCUCAAUAAUGCAAUGUGUACCAUCUGUGCCCAAAAUCUCUUGACAAAUUAGCCAUGUCGCGUAAUGCUUUUUCACAAUUUUAACGCCACUAAUUGAGGAGAUCAAUUGCUCAUGCAAUCAUACUUACUUAUCAAUUAGUUUAAUUAUCCACAUUCUUUUUGUUUCUCCCGCAUAUUAAGCUAAACUUUCAUAAUUGUGUUCCCCUAAUAUUUAAGGUGUAAAAGAACAAUUACCAGUAUAGUAAACAAAGAUCAAUAUAUAUAUUAAAAAAAAUCUGGAUAUGAAAUUACAAUAAAAUAUUUAAAAAUUAAUGAAACGCCAAAAAACUUGGAUUCAGAUUUGUGUUUUUUUCUUUCUGAAUUCUUUAUUGUUAUGGCUUACCCUGACUCUUCUCUACCUAUAAAACCCUCUUUACAUACACACUUGUGAUCAGAUUUUCUCAAAGAUCCAAAGCACUUCUUCUCAAACAUGGACCGAUCCAUCUUUCUUUCUCUAGCACUAGCCUCACUCUUGGUCGGAGUCGUCUCAGCUCGUGACUGGAACAUCUUGAACCAGCUCAAAUCACUCGGUUCAUCCCCAAGCCAACCCGGUCUUGUUACUUCGGGGCUAUCGACCAACCUGAAACGGUACUGCGAAAGCUGGAGGUUCAACGUGGAAGUACACAACAUCAGAAACUUCGACGUGGUGCCUCAGGAGUGCGUGUCUCACGUCCAGAAUUACAUGACGUCAUCUCAGUACGAGGAUGACGUUGAGAGAGCCGUCGAUGAGGUCAUCCUUCAUUUCGGGAGCAUGUGUUGUAGCAAGAGUAAGUGCGAUGGCAUGGACGCUUGGAUCUUUGAUGUUGAUGACACGCUUCUCUCUACCAUUCCUUACCACAAGAGCAACGGCUUCUUCGGAGGAGAAAAAUUGAACUCUACUAAAUUCGAGGAUUGGGUAAGGAAGAGGAAAGCACCACCAGUGCCACACAUGGUUAAGUUGUACCAUGAGAUCAGAGAAAGAGGAAUCAAGAUCUUCUUGAUCUCUUCUCGGAAAGAAUAUCUCAGAUCUGCCACCGUUGACAACCUGAUCCAAGCCGGUUACUAUGGCUGGUCCAACCUCAUCCUCAGGGGGCUAGAAGAUGAACAAAAAGAAGUCAAACAAUACAAGUCAGAGAAGAGGACAUGGCUAACAAGUCUUGGUUACAGAGUUUGGGGAGUGAUGGCAGACCAAUGGAGCAGCUUUGCAGGUUGUCCUCUUCCCCAGAGAACCUUCAAGCUCCCUAACUCCAUCUACUAUGUCGCCUAAUCAAAACAUAAUAAACCUCUGAUUUUAGCUUUCAUUGUACAAGAAGAAGAAUCCAUAAAUAAGAGAGAACAGUUUUGGUUCUGAUUCUUGUUUUUUGUCUUCCAUUUUUCAUGUUAUAUUAUAUAUGGAUAACAAAUGUUUUUUUU